AUGUCGGAUCACAACGCCAAACGCCAACGCUUGGACACUUCUGGAAGAUACUCGCCGGCCUCCCCACCCUUUGACGUCGCUGCCAAGGCGAGCGGCCACACGACAAAGCCCAGCCAACCGCGCACGCCGACUUCACCUCCUUGCGCCUCGAUGAAUUCGCAGUUCAAUGGCCGCUUUGCCGUGACUGCGACCUCGGCGUCUCCGGCCAAGACCCCGCCAUCCUCUGCGACCAUGGCCCAGUCGGCCUCGCAGCCGGCGACAUCGGCCUCGAUCCAACACCCCUUUCCCACGCCCGCGAGCACCACAGGCCAUUCUUACUCCACCAACAUGGAUAGCGACGGCGAUGCGGUGAUGGGCGACGGCUCCGAACAGUCUGCACGAGGUCUGGGUCUGGGCAUUCACACACACUCCAACCACAACCGGCAAGGGCAGGCCCUGUUCUCCGACAAGGGAGGCCUAAAGGCUGCGGAGGGAAUUAGUGGAAGCCGGCUUUUUCUGAGCAGCGACGAGACCUACCAGCACUCGAGGCCGCAUGGCUCGCAAAAUCUUUUCCGGCUGUACGGCUUAGAAAGACUAGCUAAAUCUGUGGCACGAGUGGACCCCCUGACGGGAGAGAAGAUCAACAAACUGCGAAAGUCUUACGAGGGCCACAUCAAGACCCUGCAGAUUGCCGGCAAGCCCAAAGCGGUCAAGAUGGACGAUGUCUUCAGCGGUCCCCUGGGCCUGCCAGACGAGCAUUGGGACGCAGUGAAUACUGGAAAGGAGCCCUGGAGAAAGCUGAACACCGAGCAGACCGCUCUCGAGCCAGACUUCAGCAGUCUGCUCAACAGUGCUUUUGCCGGCAUGGGCCCCGGUUCACUGCCGCCUUCGGACGCCUCAAAGUACAAGGCAUACAUUGGCACAGACGACGCCAUCCGCGCAAAACCUGUCGCAGAGGCACCACCACACAGGGGCGCGCCAUUCCCCUCAUCGGCGCCAACGCCGAGCAGCCACCCCCUGCCACGACGGCCUGAGAGAUCAGGUUCCAAACGCCAAUACAACGAAGACUCAUACCAGGGCUACAGCGAAGGCUAUGGAGAUGACUUUGCAGCAGACUCCACAGGCGGCGAGGACAACGCACGGGGGAACUUCAAGAGGCGAAAGACACAAUUUGAGAGAGCCGCGCACUCGGUCGAGGUGGGCGGCGCGCGACGAUGA